UUCUUCUCAGAAACACCUCCAGCUUGGCUUUCACUUUCAUGGCUACUCCCAAAAAGCUCCACAUAGCCAUGUUUCCAUGGCUAGCCUUCGGUCACAUGCUCCCAUUCUUUGAACUCGCCAAGAACAUUGCUCGAAAGGGUCACAAUGUCUCUUUCAUUUCAACCCCUAAAAACAUCAAACGCUUACCAGAAAUCCCUCCAAACUUAUCACCAUUGAUGAACUUCGUCUCCCUUGCUUUACCUCACCAGGCUAAUCUCCCUCAUGAAGCAGAAGCCACCACUGAUUUGCCAUUUCCCAAAAUCCAAUACCUCAAAAUCGCCUACGAUAAUCUUCAGAAUCCUUUAUCUCAGAUUCUGCAGACGUCUUCUCCAGACUGGAUCAUUUACGAUGGCUUCGCUUAUUGGUCGGCACCGAUAGCUAGGGAGCUCGGGAUCUCCUGCAUGUAUUUCAGUAUCUUCCCCGCUUGGUCGAUAUGCUUUUGCGGGUCGUCGACAACGGCAAUGAUCAACGGUGAGGAUCCGCGGACCAAGGCGGAAGAUUUCACUGUUCCUCCUCAGUGGGUACCGUUUCCUUCCAACGUCGCGUUUCGCCUUCACGAGGCGAAGAAACUGUUGGUUCAUUUUGAAGAAGACGAUUCGGGAGUCAGCGAUUUGUUUCGUGCAGGAUCGGCGAUUGCUGGCUGUGAUGUGAUGGCAAUCAAGAGCUCCAUGGAGCUGGAACCUGAAUGGCUAAGCCUCUUGGCAAAGCUUCAUGGUAAGCCGAUUGUGCCCAUUGGCCUGUUACCUCCAUUAGAAAAAGAUUACAGAGAAAAUACAACUGAGCAUAAGGCCUGGCUUGUAAUCUGCAAAUGGCUGGAAAAACAGAAGACGGGUUCUGUGAUUUACGUAGCUUUAGGAAGCGAGAUAAACCCUAGUCAAGAAGACAUCACUGAGUUGGCUCUGGGUUUAGAACUAUCCGGGUUACCAUUUUUUUGGUCUCUAAGAAAGCAGCACAGCUCGGUGGAGCUUCCAGAGGGUUUCCAGGAGAGAGUCAAGGAACGGGGAGUGGUAUGGACGAGUUGGGCGCCUCAACUAAAGAUAUUAUCUCACGAUUCGGUUGGAGCGUUCUUGACUCAUUGUGGGUUGAACUCGAUCAUCGAGGCACUGUGUCAUGGACGGCCAUUGAUUCUGUUGGCUUUCGUGAUGGAUCAUGGGCUGGCUUCUAGGGUUUUCGCAGAGAAGAAGGCGGGGAUAGAGAUAAAGAGAAAGGAGGAAGAUGGGAAGUUCAGGCGGGAGUCGGUGGCAGAGACAGUGAAGGUGGUGAUUGAUGAAGAAGAAGGAAGAGUUUACAGGGAAAAGGCCAUGGAAAUGAGGAACAUAAUAGCUGACAAGGAGCUUGAGAAUGAAUAUACAGACAAUUUUAUUAAGUUGCUUGAGAAUUACAGACAAAUUUCUACAGCUUGAAUUACGUUGUUGUGGUGUGGGCACGUAAUUUGUUUUUAUGUAAUAAAAUAAAAAACUAUUUUGUUUCA